GGUAAUCCUGGUAAAUAUCACAAGUCCUUUCAUAUGACCUGGUGCAGGCUAGUGCAAAGGAACAAGUUUAGAAGUACCUGGAGCAAUUCAUAUAUAAAGGAAAAUGUCGAUAAAUGUGCGAGUGACCACGAUGGAUGCUGAGCUGGAGUUUGCAAUCCAGCCCAGCACAACUGGCAAACAGCUUUUCGACCAAAUAGUAAAGACAAUCGGACUAAGGGAGAUCUGGUUCUUCGGGCUGCAGUAUCAGGACAGCAAGGGCUUCUCCACUUGGCUGAAACUCAACAAGCGGGUGACAGCACAAGACGUGAGGAAGGAGAACCCCCUGCUGAUUAAAUUCCGAGCAAAGUUUUACCCCGAAGAUGUGUCCGAGGAGCUGAUCCAGGAAGCCACGCAGAGACUCUUCUUCUUGCAGGUCAAGGAGGGAAUCCUGAACGAUGACAUUUACUGUCCCCCGGAAACCGCCGUGCUGCUGGCCUCCUACGCCGUGCAGACUAAACAUGGCGACUACAACAGAGAUUACCAUGUGCCUGGAUACCUGUGCCAUGACAAACUGCUGCCUCAGAGAGUUCUGGAGCAGCAUAAGCUAACUAAGGAGCAAUGGGAGGAGAAGAUUCGGGCAUGGCAUGAAAAGCACAAGAGGCUGCCCAGAGAGGAGGCCAUGGUUGAAUACCUGAAAAUUGCCCAGGAUCUGGAUAUGUACGGAGUCAACUACUUCAGCAUCAAAAACAAAAAAGGCUCAGAGUUAUGGCUGGGAGUGGAUGCUUUAGGACUCAACAUAUACGAACGUUCAGACAAGUUAACCCCCAAGAUUGGAUUUCCGUGGAGCGAGAUCCGCAACAUUUCUUUCAACGACAAGAAGUUUGUCAUUAAACCCAUUGACAAAAAGUCCCCAGACUUUGUGUUCUAUGCGCCCCGUCUGCGCAUUAACAAGCGCAUCCUGGCUCUGUGCAUGGGAAACCAUGAUUUGUACAUGCGCCGCCGUAAGCCUGACACCAUUGAGGUUCAGCAGAUGAAAGCCCAAGCCAGAGAGGAGAAGAACAAGAGGCAACAAGAGAGAGCACUGCUGGAAAAUGAGAAAAAGAAGCGAGAAAAUGCGGAGAAGGAGACAGAAAAGAUUGCCAAGGAAACCAUGGAGCUCAUGGAGAAACUGAGACAAAUAGAGGAGCAGACCAAGAAGGCUCAAGAGGCAGAACUAGAAGAGCAGACCAAGAGGGCCCUGGAGCUGGAGAAGGAGAGGAAGUUUGCCCAGGAGGAGGCCGAGAGGCUGGAAAAGGACCGCAGGAAGGCGGAGGAGGCUAAGGCUGCGUUGCUGCAACAGUCUCACAACCAAAUGAAGAACCAGGAGAAUCUGGCUACAGAGUUAGCUGUGCUAACAUCUAAGAUCUCUCAGUUGGAAGAUGCCAAGAAGAAAAAGGAGGAUGAGGCUAGGAAGUGGCACAAAAGGCAGGCCGUCAUGGUCGAGGUGGACUUGGAGAAAACAAAAGAAGUGCUGAAGAGUAAAAUAGUGGGGGUCCACAUCCAGGCAGGGUCUCAUCCAGAGAGUGACCACGACGAGAACGAUGAGAGCAGCGCUGAGGCCAGUGCAGAGCUCACGUCUGCAGGAACAGUCCAGGAUCGGAGUGAGGAGCAGCGCAUGACUGAGACGGAGAAGAACGAACAUUUGCAGAAGCGUCUGCUGGCUCUCAGCUCAGAGUUGGCGGACGCUCGUGAUGAAAGCAUGAAGACAGAGAACGACCUGAUUCACGCAGAGAAUGUGCGUCAAGGAAGGGACAAAUAUAAGACCUUGCGUCAAAUUCGACAAGGCAACACAAAACAGCGCAUUGAUGAGUUUGAGUCCAUGUGAUUAUUAUUAUUAUUAUUUUUUUUUUUUUGCAUUGCGACAAAAGCUGGGGAUUUACACCCAUCAGAUUCAAUCAGUAGCUACACACAGAUAAUCCCUAAAAGUACAGGAACAGUGAGAUUAAUCUGUUUCUCCACUUGUACUGAAUAAGUAAUAAUGGAAAUACUUAGGCUAGAUCUAUAAGGGCUGGUUUCCUGACCUAGAUGAAAUCUUUCAUUGUAUUAUCACUUUAAUAAAAGUGAAUGUGAAAAUCCUUUUAAAUCCAGGGCUCAUAAAAAGAGUAAACAGAUAUUAACAGAAUGCAAUAUGUGUAUGUGGGCCUAUUAAGCACAGCCUGAACCUGAAAAUGAAUUAAUCAUACGCAGGCCUUCAGGCUAUAUAUUAAAUUACAGAAUGUGUGAAACAUGUAAUCCUCUGAAAUGAAUCAAAUAAAAGUGUUUAACUCUG